CGUUUCGAGCUAAUAAGUGAAUAAUUCAGUUUUAAUAUGGAAUACGCAUUGGUAGAACUGCCAUUAGAAUCCAACAGAAGAGUUAUUAUCAAAACUAAUCGUAUUAACGAUUUUAAUAAUUAUCGUGAAUCAACAAAAAAUAAAAUUUAUCGUUAUCAGAGAGAUGGUAAAGAGAUCAAAUGCACGAUAUUAAAAGUCGCAGAAACAUCCGAUGAAUUGAAAAAUCCAAUAGGUCGUGUACGCCGUCCUAAAAUCUUGAAUCCCUCGUCUUUAGAAUCUUCUGACGAUGAAAAAGAAUCAGUAACUACCGCGGCUAAAAACUGUAGGAAAAAACAAAAACAAAACGAAAGCAAAGUGAAAAAACAGAGAGCCGACGAAAUCAUUGAAGCUUUUGAACAGACUAAUGAAAUGAAGGAUAUGCUUCUAAAUGGACCAGAUUCGUAUGGCAAAGAUAAAAAUGAAGUCACAAACUCUGUAAUUCAAAGAAAAAUUUAGAUGACAAUAAACAACAAGUGAAUGAUAUAACUCAGAAUAAACAAGACGAAGAAAGAAAAGAAAAGUUUCAACUCGAUGGAGUAGCAACUGUAUUAAAUAACCUGGAAAAGAAGAAUGAUAAUGAAGAAAUAAACAGCGAAUACGAAAUAGAGUUAGACAAAAUAAACGAUUCUGAAUUGAUUGGCGAUUCCGAAGACGAUGCUGAUGGGGUAGAAACAUUGUCGCAAAGUUCGGAUGUACGAAAUAGAAAAAUGACAGAUCCUGAAACAUCAACUCAUUUAGAGCUUAAUAAUAAUAGCAAGGUUCAACCGUCUACGUCAUCGACUCCUCAUCAACCACGAGUUCUAGAUGAUGUGAACGUAGAUAUUAAUGUUAAGAACGGACUUAUAAACCAAUUAUUAGAGACAAAGAAGAAGCUGGAGUCUGAGCUAAAAAGAUUGAAAUUCUAACUUCAAGAAGCAAGGCUAGCACAUGUUAUGAACCAGGAGCAUCAACGACAACAACUACCACCUAUACGAGCACCAUCACCACCACCACCACCACAACAACAACAACAACAACAACAACAACAACAGCCACUACAAUAUCAACAACAUAAUCAGCCUUUUGACAACUUUUUACAAAACGAUCAAUAUAUUAUUGGUGAUAAUUUACAAAUUUCAAGCGCUUCAUAUCGUGAUGCUAUCAAUGCUGAUUUGCCAUCAAAAUUCGUAACCAUCAUGUCGCAUGCUAUAUGGGGUUAUGAAAUAUUAGCAACUCGCGUAGUCCGCAAACAAUCGAAUGCUCCCGGUAGAAGUAUUUUAACACCACGAAAAAAAGAGUUAUUAGCUUAUCAUUACGAAAAGUUUUUAAAGAAAAGAAAUUACAGUCGUGAAAAAAUUGAUAAUGAAUUAAAAAAAAUGAAUACUUACUUGGGUAGAUCAAUAACUGCUGCGAAACGAAAAUUGAUACAAUAAUAGUAGAGCAAAAAAAAAAACAAUUAAAAUAAAAUAUCAAAUAUACAAUCUGUUAAAAAAAUUCUCAUACAAUAAGAUAAUUAUUUAGUUUGCAGUAUACUUAU